AUGCUAACUUUGAUAAAGAGAACAAAAAAGCAAUUAGUAAUUAAACCAACACAAGGUAGUUGGAGAACCAGAGAUAUAGGUAGAACAAUAUGUAGUAUGAUAGGAGGAAAAGCUUUCAUGCAGUGUGCAAAGAUGUUAAAAUCCCUAGAUCUAAUAUUUAUCGAACAGCUCUUGGAUAUGCAGAGGAAGCAAAUGAUCACAUGGUAUUAUCUUAAACGAGUCAAGGAAAGAUCUAGUAAAGGAAAAGUUCCAAUCUGGUUUAAGUCAAUCGAGAAUCAGAUGAUCACUAACUUUGAUACAAGAGAGAUAAAGCAAGAUCUGCAAACAAGUAGCACAAACAAAUUAGCAUUAAUACCCCAAAGAGUGAAGGUCUCAGAAGACAAAUAUAAACUCGAUUGGAUACUAGUCAACAACAAAGAGAACGAGCCAGACAUUCGAAGAGUAAUUAGCAAGAGCAAAGAAGGAUUUCGCACAGAGAAGUGGUUAGUUAGCAAAGAAAAGAAAGAUAAAAUCAAAAUAGAUAAAGAAGCAAUUACAAAGCAAAAUAGUAGUUGGGUUCUUGAUAUAAUGCAAAGCUCACUUGAAGAAAUUAGAAAGAAUAAUAUUGAUCCAGAAAUAGCUAGUAGGAGGGAAAUAGGUAGAGGUUUAUAUAGUUUAGGAAUAUUGUGA